GAUAGCAUGACCGACAUUUCAUUUUCGGUCAAGGCUACCAAUGCUCACGACUUCUCCCAUGCCUCUCACUCAUCGAGCGCGCACGCCGCCCAUCAUCACCACUACGAUGGACCCAGCACCGAUGACGCGCAAGAGGACGAUACCAUCAGCUGCGUGUGCGGGUACGCUGACGACGACGGAUGGACUGUACAAUGCGAUAAAUGUAAUCGAUGGCAGCACCAGUUGUGUUACUAUCCCACCUAUGAAGAGAAGACCCUGCCCGAUAAUAUCGAUCAUUUCUGCGUCGACUGCGUUCCACGGCACGUCGAUGUCACAUAUGCGCGACGACGCCAAAGUCAAAGACGAGAGGCUCAAUCUUUGUCUUUGAAUGGCGCCCGGAGAAGCGUGCCCAAGAGCCAUAAGAAAAAGAAGGAAGUCACCGCGACCUACACGAACGGAUGGCCACAAGAGAAGAGUCGAAAUGACCGCAACAGUGCGGGCCCACGCGAUCAGCCUCCUCCCGCCAAACGGCCCAAAACAACACAUCGGACAUCGGAUUCGACGACGACGACUUCUACCAAGGGUCACUCGCGGAAGCGCAACGCAUCGUCUGUGAACCACCGGAGGAGCUUGUCGCGCUCACCGGAGACAUUCCCAGCACAAUAUUCUGAUGAGUUUCUGCAAGCCUACGUCGAAGAUGAUUGGCAAGUCACUGAUGGAAACAUCCACAACAUCGCGACGAUGAACACCAUGGUGCGAUGGCUGAAUGGACCCGACGACGACUUCCGAAAGGAGAUUGGCUACGAUAAAGUUGAGAUUUACGCAAGGUGGAACGGUAAUCUCAAUGACAUCCCCGGCAAAGCGGAAAUCGAGGUUGUCGAGCUGCCAGACGACCAAGUCUACUAUGAAGGUCAUCAGCUCGUCUGGAAGGCUUUGACCGUCAAGGAACCCAUCGCUGAAGGAGCAUACAUUGGUGAGCUCAAAGGUCAAGUUGAGCUACAAUCCGAAUACCAACAAGACCCAUCAAAUCGCUGGUCCAACCUCAAGCAUCCCGAGUCCUUCGUCUUCUUCCACAGCAAACUGCCGAUCGUCAUCGACGCAAGGCAGACUGGAAACGAAUUGCGAUAUAUCCGUCGCAGUUGUACUCCCAAUGCGCGCCUGCAGAUCCUCGUCACUGGUGGAAACGAAUAUCACUUUUGCUUCAUGGCAACACAGCAGAUUGAACCCGGCGUCGAAAUCACGAUCGCCUGGGACACUCACUUCUCCGGACUUUCUGCUCACCAGACACAGGUCGAUUCCGAAUACUUGUCACGUCUAUCGACGUGGGUGUCGAAUGUGCUUGCCAAUUGCGGACCAUGCGCGUGUCAAGUGCCCGUGGGCGACUGUAAGAUGUCGCGUCUCGAUCGACGUGGCAAGGACAUUGCUGAGGAGGCUCCGUCGGCGAAGCAACCCCGAAGCAAGAAGCGACGGACGAAUCAACACGUCUCCCCGAUUAACACCAACGCAGUGAACAGCCGAUCAGGAAGUGAGGCUCGGCGAGUUGACAACGACGAGGAAUCUGUACAUUCGCGCUCGACUUCUGGUUCGGCCAGUCGUGACAUCACUCCGAACACGCAUUACUCCACCAAUGGGCUGUCAUCGGCUGCGCCUGAGCUCUCCGAACGGGAACGGAAGAAGCUGGCCAAAGAGGAGGAAAUGUUCCGUCGACAAGAGGAAGAAUCAUCUGGGAAGCAAGCGAAGAAGAAACGCAGCAGUGCUGGUUCCAAUGUCAACACGCCGACUGCCCCUUCAUCGGCCAAGCAGGCCACCUUCCCAGCGUCGUCAUCAUCGUCAUCGCGCUACACGGAUGCUGGUACUUCACGGACACCACAAUCAGCCAACACCACCAGCAAAGUCCAUGCGCGACAAAAGAGUCGAUCCUCCAAGGUCAGCUCGAAACCCGUCACGGCCGUCGUGAAGAAACCGAAACCACAAUAUGUCGAUUGCAGUGUUCAAUGCGACAUGGAUGAAGAGGAUGCCAAAGCACGGGCUGCGACGCCGUUGCGCAAGCGGAAUUUCAUGCCUUUGAGGCAGCGACUGCUCGAGCGAUGUGCGCGAAACAACUCACUAUACAAUGAAUCGCGGAAAUCGCUCAGUCCACCUUCGGCAUCGCCUGUAUUGGAUCAGAUGGAGAUUGAUUCCAAGCAUGACGAGAGACCUUUACAAUCGCCGACGCCGGGAAGUGCAACAGGAUUGAUCUCGCCGACAUCCUCAACGGAUGAAUCGCCAAUCAAAUCCGAGGCUGAUGCGACACAUUCAUCUUCUCCCACCAAGCCCGAUUCACCUGAUCCCCAAGCCCUCCGGUCACCUCCGCUGAAUGAAUCAAAUGCUCCAUCACGGCCGAGGAGUAAAGCAUCCACACCAAUUCCCUCCUCGCGGGGUGGUACGCCUGGUCCACAAACGAAGCAUCCCUCCUUACACGUCAGCAUGCCUCCGCCU